AGUCAGCAUAAAUUCCGGCGAACUAAAAUAUAGAAUCAACUGUCAGUCACGAACAUCUACGAUUUCACCUGGUCAGCGUUAUAAAAUCGGUUGGGCAUCGCAAAUGAACAAACAGUUUGACUUGAAGCACCCACAAUGACGAAGGGAAAGAGCAGCCUCUGUGGCUGUAUGGUUAUACUUGCAUUUGCGGCUAUCCAUCUGGCCAACGCUGUUCCCUCGACGACCACUACCACUCAAUCCCCAUCGACAGGGGCCACCUCCACAAAGGCUACCCGCCGCGUGAAUCCCCUCACGGAAUCAAAACUCGAGAAGAAUUGCAAGGCUCUUUGCGAGCACUGCGGCUGUUUGGGUUUCUACUGCGGGGAGGAGUGCCUUUGCGAGUGUAAUGACGACAACUCGGAUACUGAGUGCAUCCGCACUAUGCAGACGAACGCCAAGACGCUGAAUAUGCCCUUUGAGAUAGUCAUCCAGGGGCCAAGUAGCAAUCGCUUUGUGCGCAACGCCCAGCAGUUUGAGCAGAAGCGGGAUCUGGUGACCAGAAGUGCGUUUGGUUCAGGAAAGGCCUUACGAAAUCGUCGCUCUAACAUCACCAUCUACAAGCCUUCCAAGAAGUCUGCUCCGCAGCCCAAAGCCAAUGCCCUAGAGACGGCUUCCAAGACUUCGGAGCUGGAGCUGGCCAGGCACAAGAGAUCUGUGGAUCACUUGGAGUGGUUUAAUGACUUUGCCAGCUCACUGGUGCGUCCCUCGCCGUUGGGUACCCGAGCUCAAAAGCAGCAGCGUGAGUCCAGGCCAUCGGGCUUCAAGCGCCAGGCUGCUUUGGAGGAGCCCGCUCGUCGGGAACCUUGGUUCCUGGAGCAGGCUGCUCCGCGUCUGACUCGUCCCGCUCCCCUGAAAAAGGAGCCAGCUUUCCGGAAGACCAAGAAAAGUCCUAUGUCUCGUAAGAUCACCAAAAGUAAAACCCAACAGGAGCAAAUUCGCAGAGAGCCGGAGCGGGAGAUUCGGCCACUUCGUGAUGCCCUCCAGGUGGUGGAGCGGAUUCCCAGGGUGCUUCAGGAUACAGUGAGUCAUCUGUCGGCAGAUUCCCGAAGUGGAGAUGUCUUUAGCCUGAACAUUAUGAACGAGGCCUUGCCCCAGCAGAAGGAUCGCGAGGAUGAGGAGCCUAAGCCCCGAAGGCCAAGUGCCUCCUUCCGGGAUGUCCGGCGUAAUGAGAUCGUUCCAGAGGCUGUGACCCUUGCUGCCCCAAUGGAUCUUCCUGCCCGAGCUCCCCUUCCCAUCCAGCCAGGUGGUCUCCUGCUGCCCUGGUUACGACAACGGCGACUGAUGCGUUUGCAGCAGGCCCGGGGAAAUCUGUAGAGGAAAUUAAAUUAAUCCAAUCCAAUAUUUCCUACUUUUAUUAUUAUAUAUUGUUGUAUAUUUUUAAGACGUCAUUGGGUCUCACAAAAUAAAUUUACAAUUUUGUAGUUCCUGCAGUUGCAGGAAUUUUAGGAGCAUUUCAAA